AUGCUAUUACUUAAAACAAAUAGAUUGUUUGGACAGUUUAUCUUGAGCCGACAUUACUCGACUUCAAAUAAACUUAAACUAUUAUUCUUUGGAACUGACGAUUUUGCAUCCCUUCAUUUAAAGGCACUCAUUAAAGAAAAAAAAAAUGAGAAGUCAUGUAUAGAAUCACUCGAAUUGGUUUGCCCUCCUGAUCGAUUCACUGGACGAAAACUAGAAACACUUACACCAAGUGAAACUAAGGGAGUGGCCGAAUUAUACAAUAUUCCUGUCCAUCACACACCGCUUCAAGCAAAGACUCUGAACGAUUGGCACCUUCCAAAGGAUCAGCAAUACGAUCUUGGUGUAGUCGUGUCAUUUGGCUACUUUAUUCCGCCACACAUCAUCUCUCAGUUUCGAUUAGGUGCGAUCAAUGUCCAUCCGUCACUUUUACCCAAAUACCGAGGAGCAGCUCCCAUUCAGCACGCAAUCAUCAAUGGCGAUCAUGAGACGGGUGUGACAGUUCAGGAGUUAGACGACAAAGAGUUUGAUGCAGGACGAAUACUGGCACAAGAACGAGUGAGCCUUUCAGAUAAAGCACCAUUUUAUUCUACCCUGAGAAAAACUCUAGGCGCUCUCGGAAGCAACCUGCUUGUGGACACCAUUCAGCAUAUACAUGAAAGAAAGGCUUCCGCCAGAAUUCAGGAUGUGUCACAAGCGACAAAGGCGCCCAAGAUCAAAAAGGAAUGGUCCGAAGUAGAUUUUGAGAACAUGACGGCCUGGAAAGUCGAACAGCUGUCUCGAGCGAUAGGAGAACAGUACCCACUGAGGACAACUUAUACCAAGAAAAAAAAGAGAAAGCUACGAACAUACACUGUACAAUUGAUGCAUCUUUUCGUACCAGCACAUCCCUGUCCGCUCUUGGAAGGUUUGGAGCCUGGAGAGUGGGUAUGGCACGAACAAAGCAAGUCCAUUCAUAUCCUCUUUAAGGAUGGCUCUGUGAUCGCAUGUCCCACGGUCAAACUGGAAGGAAGAGAUGCCAUCUCGGCUAAAGACUUUGUAAAUGGAUUUGAGCAUGAAGGUAUCUUUGGCGUAUCACGGCUGUAUGACGAGAUUGCAAGAAAGAAGACAUUAAAGUUGUUGGCUAAUAUGAAGGAGUAUACAAAAAUAGAAUAAAACCAUAGACCUUUUUUUUUUUUUUUUCAGCCAAAC